AUGGCAAUUGUCAAUGUAGGUUAUACUUUUUGAUAGCCUGAGUACAUUUUAGAUGCCGGAGUUCUAGAUUUACCAAUAAUUAAAUUAUGUAAAUACUAGCUAAAUAUAAGCAAGGUAUUAUCUAAUCGUCCUAAGAAAAUAUAAUUCUAUAACAAUCAUGGAUCUUCACCGGCCUGUUGAUUCUAAUAAGACAUAUGAAGAGAUGACCGCAGAAGAAAAGUUACGAUAUGAUCAUCAGAAGAUGCACGAAAUGCACCGCGGCCAUGAAUCGAUGCACACCACUAUGGUGAUGAUCCUAAUCAUCACAUUAGUGGUGGCGCAGUUUGUCGUUGUGGAAUGGAAGAAGCGGCAUUAUCGAUCUUAUGCUUUGUUCACAAUGGUAGCAAUGUGGUCGAUUCCACUUGCGCUAAGCUUCCACAAAGGAUGGUGGAGGUUCAUCACGAUCUGGACUGUCUUUACCCUGCUCACUGGAAUUAUUAUAAGGAAGUCAUCUGCAAAGCCAAUGUCCAAUACCACGCCAAGGUUAGUGCUUAUAAAAAACAUUU